AUGGAAUUCUAUGGAAAUAAUGAAGUCGACGACGAGUCCUGUGAUUCAUAUGCUAGUGAUGACACCAGCGAGAGUGACUUCGAUUAUGAUGACCCAGUCGAUAACUUAGAUGAGCUUGAAGUUUCUGAUGAAGAUUCGAAUAUGUAUACAGAGGGGCUGAAUUCAAUAAAUGAAAGUCAUAUCACGGGUGGCGGCUUUACCUCAAUCUCUCUCAAAGAGCUAACUCCAGUUCCAAUCAAAUCACUCAGUAUGAACGAUGUAAUGUUAACAUUACAAAAUGCUCAACGUUUUUAUACAUUGUUGUCGCAUCGAUUACCUAACUUGAAAAAAGUUUCAUUUAAUAUCUAUGAUUCAGAUUAUGGACGAGAAUGGAAACCAUCGCGUAUUGUGGACGGGAAAAACAAAUCUACAAAUCGUAUUGUCAGUCUUAUUUAUUAUUUUGUUGAUCAUUUGCAAGAACUUGUUUCAAUUCGUAUUAACUUUUAUAACAACGAUAUUGUCGGUGAAACACCUUAUUUUCCACAUUUAUUUUGA